UUGGUAUGUUUGCAAUACGAUAGAGGCAGGGCUUCAUUUCCUUUCUGUCACAGAGGAGACAGAAGAAAAUAGAGCCGCUAUUUUUCUCUCUGACCCAAUAUCAAAUUUUCAGGUUGCGCGGCGGAGUUAAAUCAACGGAUCCUGUGUGGUUACCAUAAAACCGAGCUGGUCUACUGAGUGGUUGAUCUGCAGCAGAAUGAACAGCGCAGCUGCAUAUACCCCUCUCAUGCCCACCUCAGCCAACACUUUCAGCAAUGCCCCAUUCUAUGAAGGCAAUGUGUCAGCAGGAGCUGCAUAUACCCCUCUCAUGCCCACCUCAGCCAACACUUUCAGCAAUGCCCCAUUCUAUGAAGGCAAUGUGUCAGCAGGAGCUAUGUACCCACCUGUCAUGGCACCCCAAGCCAACAUGUUUGGCAAUGUCCCAGGCUAUGAAGGCACUGUGCCAGGAGGAGGAGGUUUCCUGCCUCCUCCCAUGCCCAUGGAGCCAGUAGCUCCACCCCAACCCGCCCCUGAAAAUCCUGAAUGGAGCAUCCCCUCUCUGUCUGAAAAUGCAGCUCGCGAGGCUUUAAAGGAAUUUGUGUCGUCUCAUUGCUGCUACGGUGACGCACCAGUCACUCAGGGAGUCAUCACCUCCAUGGAGCCAUUCAACACAUUUAGGUACCGUCUGGAGACAUUCACUGAGUCCAGGUCAACUGACUGGGCCCACAAACCACAUGAAGGUGAGCCUGCUGACUUUUACGCCCAGCCCGCUCCACGACCAUGGGAGGUCCAGGCCACACCCCCCAAACUUUUCAGUGACCACACAGAGAAGAUCCGGGUGCCCUACACGUCCUCCGUCAAGCAAUGCCACACGUGCAAUGCAGCAGGUACUGAGCAAUGCAAGGAGUGCAGUGGAAGUGGAAAAAAAACUUGCCCGAUGUGUAAUGGUGCGGCAAAGUCCGAUCCAGCCUGCACUCACUGUAAUGGCACAGGCAAAGACAGGUGUACAAAGUGUAAUGGUAGUGGGAAAAACCAAUGUGAAACCUGUAAAGGAAAACGUCAACUGCUGACCUACAUUGAGCUCAAAGUGGAAUGGAAAAACCAUGUGGAAGAUCAUCUGGUGGAGCAGAGCUGUGGUCUGAAGAGUGAUAACCUGCGCUCAGUAAAAGGGAAAGAGCUGUUCAAGAGCAGCCAGAACCUGGUCUACCCACUGCUUGGCUUUCCAAACCCAGCAGUCUCUCAGGCCUCUGAGCGUCUGAUCAAAGAACAUCAAACUAACUAUGGCAAAACCUCCAGGAUUCUGCAGCAGAGGCAGACGGUCGAGCUGAUCCCCAUCACUCAGGUGAACUACAAGUGGAAAGACAAGAGCUACGUCUACUACGUGUACGGCAACGAGCGCAAAGUCAGUGCUGAUGACUACCCAGAGACCUGCUGCUGCGUCAUCCUGUAGACUCACAAAUACACACAGCUCAAAGCAAUUAAACAUGUACUCAUCAGUCUUCCUUUUUCCAUAUAUAAUGAUGAUUCAUUUAUUAGGGUAAGAAAAGCAAACCAUACCUGUGUUAAAAAGUAAUAGAAUGUAAUGUUCUGUUCAGCUGUUCAGGUUUGGUUAAUGUUUUUCCCUUGAUGAAUGAAAUCAUCAAUUAAAAAGUGUAUUUUGUAUUUUCUCUGGUUUGUGUAGAAUUAAAAGGUUUUUGAUUUGAAACAUUAAAGUAUGACACAUAUGUUAAGAAGUAAGAUAUCAGGAAGGGGGUGAAUACUUUUUCACAAUAAUGUAAGUGGUCAAGCUAAAGGAAUAAUUGUGAUAUUUCACAUCUUAUAAUGCUUCAUUUAGAGCUACUGUAGCCAUACAACCCAGUCUCAUAGGAAAACAUAACAGACUGUGGGGAUUAUAUCAUUUUAUAUCAUGUUUAUUCUCUUAUAUCCUUUUUAUUAAGCUUUGAGUAGCAUUUGAUUACAACAUUUAUUCAAUAUAUAUUACACAUAUAGUUUCAAGUAUGUUAUUACAUAUAUUGUAAGAAUGUGCUUAUGAAAGAGUUGGCCUUCUGUCUGGUAAGAGGUUACAAGCUUUAUCUGGUGAGGUGAGACAGAGUGCAGUGAGGUCGAGACAGUUCGCCUGCAUACACAGACAGUAUAUAGAUUCAUUUCUAGGUUAGAGUUAAGACAUAUUUGGCUUGUAACUGCAUUUUGUGCCUGCAUAAGUAACAGUUUUUGUAGAAUGUGUUUCUGAUGUUCCAGAGAUAAGCGAGAAUAAGAAGAUCAAGAUCACCUGGCGUGGAGACGGAGAAAAUGUCUUUUUGAGUGUGUGUCAAAGGUUGUCAGCAGAAGAGCUGUGGUUACUGUAACUUAUGCAUGUUAUGUAUCUGCUUUGACGCAUGAGGGGGCGUUAUACCCUGACAUAUAAAAACAUUUUAAGUAUGCUGUUUUGGGGGAUUUAUGCUGAGGAUUGUGAUGGUGUAUUUCCUUCACACGUGUUUAAUAAAAUCAUUGUUUUGACGCA